GGCGGCCGAGGGGAAGCGGCGGCACCGGGAGGAGGAGGGCAGCGGCUCCGCCCCGGCAGCGGGGUGUCAGGCGUCCCUCCGCCGCGGCGGUGGGGACGGCGGCAGAGGGGUCUGCCUUCGCCGCCAGCGGGGACCCAGUGCUGCCCCGCUGCGCCCGCCCGCUCCAUCGCACGCUGUUGUCAUGGAGGAGCCAAGAUGGCGGCCCUGGCCUACACCCUGGGCAAGCGGGAGAUCAACUACUACUUCAGCGUGAGGAGCGCCAAGGCGCUGGCGCUGGGUGCCGUCCUGCUCCUCACCGCCUGCCACGCCGCCUCCCGCCGCUACCGAGGUGGUGACACAUGUGAGGAUCUUCUGUCCAGUGGAAGAUUUCUUGGUGAAAAAGUAUGGCAGCCCCACAGUUGUAUGAUGCACAAGUACAAAAACAGCGAAGCAAAAAAUUGCCUCAUAGACAAACAUGUUGUGUUUAUAGGAGAUUCUAGAAUUCGACAGCUCUUCUAUUCAUUUAUAAAACUCAUAAAUCCUCAAGUGAAAGAAGAAGGAAAUAAGCAUGGAAAUAUCCCUUUUGAAGAUAAGUCUGCUUCAAUUAAAGUGGAUUUCCUGUGGUAUCCAGAAGUUAAUGGCUCUAUGAGGCAACGUAUAAAAUCUUGGACUGAGGGUUCUGUGGCAAAACCUCACAUAAUUGUAGCAGGAGCUGCCACGUGGUCUAUCAAGAUUCACAAUGGCAGCAAUGAAGCCCUCACACAAUAUAAAAUCAAUAUCACUUCAAUUGCACCUCUUUUGGAAAAAUUAGCAAAAAGUAGUGAUGUUUACUGGGUCUUACAAGACCCUGUUUAUGAAGAAAUGCUGAGUGAAAAUCGGAAAAUGAUCACUAAUGAGAAAAUAGAUGCUUAUAAUGAAGCAGCUGUUCGUAUUCUCAACAGCAGCUCCCGAAAUUCCAAAACUAAAGUUAAAGUGUUCAGUGUAUCAAAAUUGAUAGCACAAGAAACUAUAAUGAAGUCAACAGAUGGCCUGCAUCUCCCUGAAUCAAGUAGAGAUACAAAUGCGAUGAUUCUUAUGAAUGUCUAUUGCAAUAAGAUAAUGAAGCCCAUUGAUGGCUCCUGCUGCCAGCCUCAGCCUCCUCUCACUCUGAUACAGAAGUUAGCUUUCUGUUUCUUUACUUUGUCCAUUAUUGGAUAUUUAAUUAUCAUUUUAAUUAAUCGGAAUAAUUUUCGGAAGAACAAAUCGUGCACUGAUUUGGAAAGUGGAGAAGAGAAGAAACCUGCCCUCAGCGUUCCUAAUGUUUCUACUUUAGAGAUGCUCUUACACUCUUUCUGCAAACUUGGUCUAAUCAUGACCUAUUUUUAUCUAUGUGACAGAGCAAAUCUUUUCAUGAAGGAAAAUAAAUUUUAUACACAUUCAUCUUUCUUCAUACCAAUCAUCUAUAUCUUGGUUUUGGGGGUGUUUUAUACCGAAAAUACUAAAGAGACUAAAGUGUUAAAUAGAGAACAGACUGAUGAGUGGAAGGGAUGGAUGCAACUUGUUAUUUUGAUUUAUCAUAUCUCUGGAGCAAGCACUUUUUUGCCUGUGUACAUGCACAUUCGGGUUCUGGUUGCUGCAUAUCUGUUCCAAACAGGUUAUGGACACUUCUCCUAUUUUUGGGUAAAAGGAGACUUCGGUGUCUACAGAGUGUGUCAGGUUUUAUUUCGUCUCAAUUUCUUGGUUGUGGUACUGUGCAUAGUGAUGGACCGACCUUACCAGUUCUACUACUUUGUGCCAUUAGUCACUGUCUGGUUUAUGAUCAUUUAUGCCACGUUAGCUAUAUGGCCUCAGAUAGUCCAGAAGAAAGCAAAUGGGAACUGCUUGUGGCACUUUGGUUUACUGCUGAAACUGAUUUGCUUACUGACAUGUAUAUAUAUUCUGUCCUAUUCUCAGGGUGCAUUUGAGAAAGUGUUUUCUUUUUGGCCACUCUCCAAGUGUUUUGAACUGAAUGGGAAUGUCUAUGAAUGGUGGUUUAGGUGGAAGUUGGAUCGUUAUGUGGUUUUUCAUGGGAUGCUGUUUGCUUUUAUUUAUCUGGCAUUGCAGAAACGUCAGAUGAUAUCAGAAGGAAAGGGAGAUCCUCUUUUCUCCAACAGAGUUUCAAAUGUUUUAUUAUUUAUUUCAAUUGUGUCCUUUUUGACCUACUCUAUUUGGGCUAGUAGCUGUAAAAACAAGACAGAGUGCAAUGAACUGCAUCCUUCUGUCUCUGUGGUGCAGAUUCUAGCUUUCAUCCUCAUCAGGAACAUUCCUGGGUAUGUCCGGUCUGUGUAUAGCUCCUUCUUUGCCUGGUUUGGCAGAAUUUCUCUAGAGCUCUUCAUUUGCCAAUACCACAUUUGGCUGGCAGCAGACACAAAGGGGAUCUUGGUGCUCAUUCCUGGAUAUCCGAUGUUUAAUGUUCUCGUCAGCACUUUUAUAUUUGUGUGUGUGGCACAUGAGAUUUCUCAGAUCACUAAUGAUCUAGCACAGAUUGUGGUUCCUAAAGAUAACUCGACUCUGCUGAAAAGAUUGCUCUGCAUAGCUGGAUUUUUUUCUGGACUACUCCUCUUCUCCGUAGUGCAAGAUCAGUCUAGGCAUUAACUUGAAAAGAUUCUUGGAAAGAAGACAUUUAAAUGAGACGUGUGGGAAGUGUAUAUAGUGCAAGUGUACAUAUUCUGAGUGGAAACAGCCUUCCCAAAUAAUCUGAGAAGCAAGAAUGCACUGUACAGAAUUGCAUGUGAAAAUGAGUCUUUUCUACUGGAUCUAUGUUUAUGUUUACAAACCCGUUAAAUCGUGACACGAAGAAGUGAAGUUGGGUGGUUUAGCAGCAUCAUGAGCAUAUCACAGCAUUGCCUUUUCCUGGGGUCAGCUGAAGGAAGAGUGGAUGUUCCCAGGGAACUCAUGCUGUCCUCAUUCCCAUCAAAGGACAAAGGGCAAACCUCUGCUCCUUCACUGACAGUCACCAUUAGCUGAUGUGAAACAUGAAGUUUCUGGUAAACCAGGGCAUUUUUCUGAACAAAAUGGUAUUUUUUUUGUUUAGAAAGUAGUAUUUUGGGUGGAGAUGGUAUAUGUUAUAUGAAGCCCUUUAUACGUGGAAACAGUCAUCACCAGUUCAGUGAUUUAAGUUUAUAUACACGUUUACACAAUACUUUUGGGGUUUUUUUCUUUAAGAAAUUUAAGGCAUUUUAAGCAAAUAUGGUGAAAUCUGAUGUGAAAUUUUUUUAUAAAGAAUUUUUUUUUUAAUUUGUUUGGGUUUUUUCAUAAAUUUUCCACUAAUACGUUUCACUAUGUGCACUUGUCUGUACAGUCCCAGUGAACAAACAAAUGAGAAAAUUCCAGAGACUCAGUUCAAGAUUGAGAAUUUUUGGAAGACCUUCAGGUGUUUCCAGUCAGAUGAAAUCCCAUCAUAUCCACUCCAACAAAUCUUAAGGAAACAGAAGAGCAGGGGAAUGGUGAUCUUGUAAACCUCAAUCUGAGUUUGUAAGUGACCUUACCUUGAACCUAGGUCUCAUUAGGGAACUGGUGCCAUAUUCUAUACAAUAGUAUUUUCAUUAAAAAGGAUGAAGUCAAUCUAGUGGGAUAGAGGAGGGACCGAGUGGUCAUCUUGUUGCAUGCAGAUGGUUGAGUUUCAAAAUGACAAAUUACAUGAGAUUGGAGCUGUCUGGAGGAACCUUUUUACCCAUCCUUUCUAGCAGUGUCCAUGUUUCUUAUUAACUCUUUCCUUUUGCAUAAAAAGUAAAAUUGAAAGUAACAGCCCCGUAGAGUGGCAGUGAUGAGCUGCAGUUUAUGUUCUGCUGACUUUGUGAAGUUAUGAUCAUAUCUUCCUCUUUGUGAUUUUGGUUCAAGUGACAGUUUGACCUCUAGUUGCUUUCUUUUCAUUUUAUUCUACUGAUUAAUUAUUAGUAGUCAAAACCAUGAGCACAACAUUGUUUUCCAUGUAUAUUUGCAAUUAUGUACUAUAAACAGAAUAAAUCCUAAUUUCUACUGUAUGUACAUACUAUCAUGUACAUGGUUUUGAUCUUAUACCAGUUAAAAAAUUUAAUUCAAACUUGCAACCACCAAUGAAGUGCAACAAAAAAAUUCAGGAAAAAGUGGCGCUUUUUUUGUUGUUUUUUUGUUUUGUUUUUUUUAAAUAGAGAACAGUUUCUUUUAAAGAAUGAAGAGUCUUACUACAUCUGCCAGAUAUUUUUAAGCUAUGGGGAAGACACUCAUCUCUUUGUUCUCUGUGUGCAUUGCCUGCAGUAUUUGGGAAGUUCACCUCCUUGACCCAGGACAUUGGAGUGGCAGAGAACAGUGGCAUGGGGUCAACACUGUGGUGGGGGGCUGGGAUGCAUAACCUUCAUCUAUGCCAGUAAUCAGAGUGAGGGGGAACUGAGAGUCUGAGGGAUAACUUUUGUUUUGUUCUUCACAAUAUAUUGUAGAUAUAAUUUUAUUUAUCUGUUGUACAGACUUGGUUAAAAGAUUUAUUUUUAAUGUUUGAAAUAAUGCACUUGUUUACUAUUACUGUAUGUGGGAUAAAUAUAUUUUCUUUUCAGGUUAUGUAAAAAUAUGAAGUAAUUUAAACAUUAAAUAAAUGUGCUGUGGAUGUUUA